ACAAUUGACCUUUACAGUUUACAGUUUACACCUCGCUCUCAUACUCAUCCCCUACAACUAAAAAGCAGCUUUCAUGUAAAUAAUGAGCAAUUUUAAAAGCCUUUAAUGGUGAAAGAAGAACAACUUAGAUUGUAGUAGUCUCAACGCAAAAGAUAAUCAUCUAUCUACAUCAUCUAACUGCUAAAGAUUUCGACAUUUUCUUUUAAAGCCUUUUAUUCUCAAUCAUUCAAUCAGAUACCUCUUGUACAGCAAGAUAUAUUACACACAAUUUAUAUUUUUUCUGAGAUUUUUUGGAGUAUAAUUAGGAGUUAGGUUGUCCCAAUUACUUACCAGUUUUGUCUCGUUUUUGGGUUGGAUUUGUUAAGAUUUGAUUUGAUUUUGAUUCUUUCAUUUUUUUCCGGGCAAUAAACUUCAUAUUGUUAGUGGGCAUAUAAUUUCUUUUCGGAUUUUAUUGUUUCUGGAAAGUGAAUUUUUGUGGGGUGGUUUUGAAUGGCUGCGACUGAAGCUGUGUCGUUUAGUGUAGCGUCUGUUGUGGAGGAUGUUCUUCAACAACAUGGAAAUCGCCAAAGAGGGCUCGAUUUAGAAUCCAGAAGAGCUGAGGAAGCUGCUGUAAGAAGAUAUGAAGCAAGCAGUUGGCUAAGAAAAAUGGUGGGAAUUGUGGCUGCCAAAGAUCUUCCAGCUGAGCCGUUGGAAGAAGAGUUUAGACUUGGAUUGAGGAGUGGUUUAAUCCUUUGUAAUGUGCUUAAUAAGGUUGAAGCUGGAUCUGUGCCAAAGGUGGUUGAGAGCCCUGCCGAUUCGGCUGUUCUUCCUGAUGGAGCAGCUUUAUCAGUUUACCAGUACUUCGAAAAUGUGAGGAACUUUCUUGUUGCAGCAGAAGGAAUGGGACUUCCUACCUUUGAGGCAUCUGAUCUUGAGCAAGGAGGGAGUUUCGCAAGAGUUGUAAAUUCAGUCUUAGCUCUCAAAUCUUACCAUGAAUGGAAGCAGAGCGGGGGAACUGGAGUAUGGAAAUUUGGUGGAAAUGUAAAACCUACUACAUCUGUGAAACAAUAUGUCCGCACAAAAUAUGAACCUUUCACUAAUUCCCUAAUCAAGAACGCAUCAGUGACCGAGAAAUCCUUGAAUGCUCUUCCUCAAGAUAUUGACACCAACAAAAUGCCAUGCUCCCGGCCAUUGAGUGCCCUUGUAAAAGCUAUUCUAUCAGAUAAGAAACCAGAAGAAGUUCCACAGUUAGUGGAGUCGCUUCUUAGCAAGGUUGUCGAGGAGUUUGAGCAACACAUUGGCUCCCAAAAUAACAUGGCUAAUGAACCAAGGCAAGCAAAAGAAAUAUCUGCAUCACAUGGAACAAACUCUUUUGCAAAGAUGUCUUCUGCUAAUUCUAAGGCAAGUGAACAUAUCUCCUUAAUAACUUUAUAUGUAGAAGAUAGAACGUACUCGUUGAGCAAGAUGCCAAAAAGCAUUUGUGACGACCAAAUUAGUCCUGAACAGCUAAAAUGUCAAAUGAUGAAGCAACACGAGAUCUUUGAUCGGCAAGGAAGAGAUCUCCAGGAGCUGAAGCAUACUCUACGUACAGCUAAAGCUGGCAUGCAGUUUAUACAAACAAAAUUUCUAGAGGAUCUCCAAAAUCUGGGUUCACACGUUUAUGGCCUAGCGCAAGCUGCCAGUGGAUAUCACAAGGUUCUUGAAGAAAAUCGCGAGUUGUACAAUGAAGUACAAGAUCUUAAGGGGAGUAUUAGGGUUUAUUGUCGAGUGAGGCCCUUCUUAAGUGGGCAUUCAAGCUAUUUAAGUACUGUUGAGCAUUUUGAGGAAGGAAAUAUUACCAUUAGGGCACCAUCUAAGCAUGGAAAAGGUCUCAAAUCCUUCAGCUUUAACAAAGUUUUUGGUCCAACAGCAACACAGGCUGAAGUCUUUACGGAUAUGGAGCCACUAAUUCGUUCAGUUCUUGAUGGUUACAAUGUUUGUAUCUUUGCAUAUGGCCAGACCGGUUCCGGGAAAACUUACACCAUGUCGGGACCAAAAGACCUCACAGAGCAGAGUCAAGGUGUAAACUACAGGUCUUUGGGUGACUUGUUUUAUCUCGCGGAGCAGAGGAAAGAUACUUUUUGCUACGAUGUUGCAGUCCAGAUGAUAGAGAUCUACAACGAGCAAGUCAGGGAUCUUCUUGUCAGUGAUGGACUCAAUAAGAGAUUAGAAAUCCGUAAUAGUUCUCAGAAUGGACUCAAUGUCCCAGAUGCAAGCCUUGUACCAGUAUCAUCAACAUCGGAUGUCAUUCAUCUGAUGAAUGUUGGACAUCGCAACAGGGUGGUGGGUGCCACAGCUCUAAAUGACCGUAGUAGUCGUUCUCACAGUUGUUUGACUGUUCAUGUUCAAGGGCGAGACUUGACAACUGGUAACGUACUGCGGGGUUGUAUGCAUCUGGUAGACUUGGCAGGUAGUGAACGGGUUGACAAAUCCGAAGUGACAGGAGAUAGGUUAAAAGAGGCACAACACAUAAAUAAAUCUCUCUCAGCUUUAGGAGAUGUGAUUGCUUCACUUGCACAUAAGAACUCACACGUCCCAUACAGGAAUAGCAAAUUAACGCAAUUGCUUCAAGAUUCACUAGGAGGGCAGGCUAAGACCCUAAUGUUUGUUCACAUAAGUCCAGAACCUGAAGUUACCGGAGAAACUUUAAGUACACUUAAAUUUGCAGAGAGGGUUGCCACUGUUGAACUUGGGUCUGCGCGUGUAAACAAAGACAGUAACGAUGUAAAAGAGCUCAAAGAACAGAUAGCCAAUCUUAAGGCAGUUUUGUUGAGGAAGGAUGCCGAAUCUGUUCGUUCACACCAAUCAGGAUCCAGCAGCCCUGAAAGAAACAGAGGGAAAGCUGAUGGCCCUUCUCUCCUUUGUUCGAACCAAGGAGAUAUCGCGAACAUAGAGAUCUUAAACAAGUCUAAACCAAGACAAAAAAGACAGAGUUUUGAUCUCGAUAAAAUGUUGAAGAAUACUCCUUCGUGGCCCCAUGUAAAUAGUGUGGGGCUUAAUCACAUAUGUGAUGAGAAGGAUCUAGAUUCUGGUGAAUGGAUAGAUAAGAUCAUGGUCAACAAGCAAGAUUCAGUUCCAAAAACAGGGGACAAUUUAAGUUGGGAAACAUCAGAAAAUGGACAUAUGACUGAUGCUUUCCACCCGAAAAAUUUCCCAGACGGCUCCCAACUGUACUCCAAUCAAUCAUACAAUAUGUUCAGCGAAAGUAAUCGAUUCGAAGUGACUGAUGUAGUUGACUUGGAUGAGCUUGAUGCUGCCACCAGUGACUCAUCUGAGCCAGAUUUGCUAUGGCGAUUCGAUAAUAGUAAACUUCCAACACUCUCCAAUGGAAGUAUGUUAAAGUCCAAGAAACUUGAUGGCAAGCGUAUAAGGAUUCCAGAAUUGAGCAAGUCCAUGAUUCCUACACUAUGUUCAACCCCAUCAAGAAAGCUACCAAAUGGAAAACAAAAGAAUGGACAGCAUCAGUUACAUUCAGCAGAAGCUAAACGAAGAGCGGGAAGUAGAACGUGAAUAGUCGACAAGGUCAUUGUUUUCUGAAAGGUCCCCAAUUUUUUUUUUUGGCGGAAUGUUUGGUGGUUGUUCUGUAUUUGAGGGUGAGCAGUAGAGAGAAAUAUGAGUGACAUACGAUAUGAUUUUUUAGUUCUUUUGUAAUUUGAGCGACCUAUACAGUUGAGCAAUAAUUCCAGUUGCUUGAAUUUGUAUACAAACUAAGAAAGCUAUAAAGAAAAAAGCUCCACUUGUGCUCACAUGUGUAUGCAGUUUGCACUUUCAGAAUUCAGAAUUAGAUGUACUUCUAUGAUGCUGUUAACAAGUUUCCUGUGCUAAUUUAUGUGGAAUGAGGCAUGAAGCUUUUGAAAGUGUGUGACCAUAGAGUAAAAAUGCGGUAAGGGGAGUGAUGCGGUUAUUGUAACGCCUAAAUUUCGGUCGGAAUCAUAUGGAUAUCCCUUGAUACGGCUCAAAAUGUGGUUCUUUUACACCUUAAAACGCGGGAAAUAUCGGUUCGUUGUUAUUGAAAACCUUUACAAUUCAGCAGACACGAUGUAAUGCAGCCUUGUUUUUACACUAUGA